AUGUUCUAUGGGUUUUUGAUAAAAUAUAUAUUAACCUAAUUGUUACAUUGAAAAUAGAAAUUACAAAACUAGAUAUACUUGAAUUAUUGUUUUCAAUAAUCGAACCUGUCCUUCGAAGGAACUUGAAAAUACAUAAAAUGGGCACUUUAAAGAGAGUGCAGCAAUGGGCCACGUUUGCACGAAUAUGGCAUGUAUAUGAUGCUUCUUGGCAGAACCCUUUCGAAUCUGCAAAAUUAUUGAGAAAACACCUGAUGGGAAUGCAUAAACCCAUUUAUCACCCAAUAAAUGAUUGUGGUGACCACGUUAUUGUCAUUAAUAGUAAAGAUAUAGCUCUACCUGGAGAUGAAUGGACAAAAAGAGUAUAUUUUCACCAUACCGGUUAUCCUGGAGGAGCCAGUUGGACCCUCGCUUGGGAAAUGCACUCAAAAGAUCCAACAAUGAUUUUGAAGAAAGCUGUUUACAACAGUAUGGAUAGGAAUAUUCAGAGAAGGUAUACAAUGGAAAGAUUACAUAUUUUCCCUGAUAACAAAGUGCCUGAACAUUUAAUGAGAAAUGUGUCCAACCAGAUCCAACAGCUCAGACCGAAACCAAAAAGAUUGGAUCAUUAUGAUGAAAACUAUGUAAAGCAAUUCCCCAAAAUCAUUGAUUAUCCAUCUAAUUACAUUAUGAGAUGAAAAUGCAAUAUUUUGCAGUUGUAUUAAAUAAAUUUCAAUUGUAGCCAA